AUGCACGGUGGUGAUUUUGUUUUUCUGUUUGCAGGUGUUCGAUGGGUGCCCGACAGUGAUUGCGAGCAGUGCACCGCCUGUAGUGCUCCAUUCACCCUGGUCCGCCGCCGUCACCACUGCCGCAAUUGUGGACGGAUUUUCUGCUCCCGUUGCUCUUCCAAUUCAUUGCCGCUUCCGGAAUUAGGCUAUGACAGAAAGGUGCGUGUAUGUAAUCUGUGCUUUCUGUAUAAAAUUAAUCCGUUUUCACCUUGUCCCGGCGCACCAAACUCCUCUCGAAAUCAUCCUGAUAAUGGUAAUAAUAGCGCAGCUGCAGCUACUGCCGGUGGUAUGUCUUGGUUUCAUUUUUUGGCAUCCUUAUUGCGUUUGUAUUCUUCAAGUUACAAUAUUUUCCAUCGCGUAAUCAGUUUAGUCCAUUUAUGCGUUUUUGCUGUGCAGCUAUAG